CCCCAUUGCCGUCACUGAUACUUGUAUGUCUAACCUGUCUGUUAUCAGUUUGGUUAUGAAAAUAUUAUCCUAAUUAUUUUUCUUUAUUACAUACGUUAUUUUAUAAAUUAUACACCGUCUGUGUCUUACAUGUAACGCCUGUUAAUAAUAAUGAACGAUCCUAGUUCUUACGGCUACCAGGAGGGAGGGCCGGUUGACCUACAUCAGCCGCCUGCACGUAUAAAUCCGGCGCAGUACAGAUUCUCCCAGGACGAGCUGCGUGUUUUAGCCGAAUGCAAUAGGGAGAGCUUUAUCCAACGAUCGCUUCCUUUGGGCAUUGGGCUGGGAUUUGGCACCUACACUGCUGUGCAAGCAGGCCACUUAAAACCAAAUGCCAGGUUCGGUGCUGUCCCCAAGGUGUCGCUGGCGGUGAUUGUAGGCUAUUUUCUUGGCAAGCUGUCCUAUCAGCAAGCGUGCGCUGAGAAGUUGAUGGCUCUGCCUGGCAGUUACAUUGGCCAGCUCCUCAGGGACAGGAAGGAUGGAAAGACUGGAGGGACAUCUCUGCAAAACCAAACACCUACAAUGUUCGGUGCGGGCCCCGGGGACAUAUAUUCGGACGCGGGCCCAGGCAGCUCGCUCAACCUCGACACUGAUCGGCCGCUCUUCAACGACGACACAUACAGACCAUCGUACACUGAUAGUGCCAAUACACCACCUCAAGAGUCGACUCCGGCGCGUCCUAACCUCUCGUACGAAGACUUGAGACGUAAAAAUCGCACUGAAUACUCGGAAACCAAGCAAGAUCCUUACAGGGUGGACCCAAACACAACACCCGUGAUCAGUCGUCCGCGGCCGCCGCCUUCUUCCCCGCCCCCUGCCACCAACAAAUACGGUGACGUCGUGGAAUAGCCGCCAUCUUUGUGUGCAACAACUGACAAAAUAAUCCACAAAAUGGCGCGCAACUAUUGUAUGUCCACUUAGGUAGUAGUCAAAGCUGUAAUAAAUUUAUAGCUUAUUCAAAUUUGGACUUCAUUGCAAAGGGUAAAGUAACAAUUUGAAUAAGCAACCAUGAGCACGCGAGCAGAUUUAUCAGUUGAUAUUACUUUGUGUUCAUAAAAUCAUGUUAAUAAAGUAGUUAAGAGCUGG